ACGUAGAAUAAUCAAUGACGGUCUCCAUAUCAGUGUCUUGAAGACCAUCGAGGAGGACAUACCCAGUGUAUUCUUGAGAAAUGACUAAGGGAAAGGUUUUUCCGAUAGACGAGAGUUACAUCUCUCUGAACCUGAAGUACAUAGCAGCUCUGGGCGCAUGGAAUCCGUAUGACGCAGGGAUUAAAUAUUGGCUCUAUCAAGUUUACAUACUUUAUUAUAAUUAUGGAAUAUUUCCAGUUAAAUGUAUAGCCGACUUAUUGCAAACACUGGAUGCACAUACAAUGCCAGAAUUCACUCAGGCAUUUGCAUCAGUAAUUGUUCAUGUUGCUGGGGCAUUUAAAACAUUCAGUAUUGUCUAUUCUCGAGCGGAAAUAUUAUUACUGGCGCGAUUAUUCAAUUGGGAGAGGCAUUUGGAAUGCACACCACAAAUGGCACAUUUUCGAGAUGUACUUAUGACGAAGGCUUCGGCAUCUUCAAGAAAAUUGACAGUAGUCAUAAGUGGGAUUGUUUUAAUGAAUUCGUUCGCUGAUUUAUACUCUACGUUGACAGUUGCCAACUGUACGUUAACUGAUUACCCACUCAGUUACUUACCGCUGAAGCAAUUUUCCUCAGCAGAGCAUUGUCGAGCCGUUGCUCUUGCUGAUUACAUGGUUCAUAAUUUUGCAAGCGCAAAUAUCAUCAUCAACGACAGCUUCUUGAUGGCUGUCAUGAGCUACAUAACAGUCCAAUUGAAAAUUCUCAACUUCAGAUUGAGCAAUUGCCAUAAGACGUUUAUUGAGCAAUUGAUUAUUCCCGAGGACGAGAAUAAGAUGAUGAUAAUUAAUUACGAGUGUCGUCGGAUGUCAAAGAAGAUAUCGGUCCUUGAUCCAAAUAGAGAGCUCAUCAAAUGUAUCGAGAAUCAUCAGAAAAUGACGGAAAUUUUCAGAACCUUCAAAUCAAUUUAUAACAACAUCCUACUGCCACAAUUACUGAGCAGCUUGCUGAUUCUCUCAUUGAUGGGCUGUCAACUGGUCUUGACAAAGUAUGAUACCGACGAGGAUGUCCAUGCCAUGGUACAUCCACUGAUAUUUGUCAUCUGGGGAACCUUGGAAUUGUAUAUAUACUGCGCAGGUGGUAAUAGCAUUCUUAUCGAGAGCGAAAUGAUAAGCUCCUCCGCUUACAAUACGCAAUGGUACAACAACGACAAAGUAUUCAGAGGAAAUUUGUCGAUUUUUCUGUCCAUCGUGGAGAAACCCCUCGUGAUCAGCAUUGGUGGGGUCGUUGCCUUGUCAAAAGAUACAUUUAAAAAUAUUCUCACUAAGGCGUAUUCCUUCAUGGCUAUCCUCAAGAACUCCAGCGGUGAAUGAUUACCAUGAUACUUGGCGCUCGGUAUUGUUCGAAAAUAAAUGACUGAAAAUAAUCUCCUAUUAUGUUUCAAUGUAAUGAAAUCGUAAUACAGCAUUUGGUUUUUCUCA